AUCCGCAGUCACGGCGGAACCUCUGUCACACAUUCGAAGGAUUUGCCUUCUAUAGGGUUCACACCCUCCUGGAAAGGCUCUCUCGCGUGGGGAAAUUUGCCAAGACCCCUCUAGGGCUUAUGUUGCUUCGCAUGGCGACACCCUUCCGUCUCUCUGAUGUACUGUAGCACGUGGCGCAUCUACUGAACAAGGGGCUCUCAACUUCGAUAUUUCCAUCGUUGCUUCCAUUGCGAAACACGAGCCCGAGGUCAUUUGCGCUGAUCUCGUUGCGGCUUGCAUACCAACAUAACCCCUACUGCGGCCUUACGACCGCACAUACGUUCAUCUGAUCGUGGGUCGCGUGCUUGCAACUUUUGCACUGCUAUAGUCGGUUUUCAUACUGAUUUUUCUAAUGAUGGCUCGCCUCAGCCGUGCAUUGUUAUGGCUGUGCUGUGCCAUAGCCAACCUCGUUGCAGCUCAAUCUGGCAUCUUCGAAAUCGACCUCGUCUUCCCUAAGAACGGCACCUGGUCAUCAACGAGUGGCUUGCCAAUUGUGUUCGCGGUGCAGCAACCGCAGUUGGGAGUGCUAGUCCAAAGACAAGUCAUCCGAUGGACACUCGAUCGGGAGAGUAAUUCGUUCAACAGCUCUGGCUUCUCAGGCCAGGUAACCUUCGAAACCAAUGCCACCGCAUCAAAUCAGAACCUGUUCAUCGCUACCGGUUUCACAAAUGCCAUCUCUGGAAUCGAGGGUGACUGGGCAUUCCGGUGGCAAGUUUCGACUCGCAACUGUUCUUUGAUCACAAGCGACAAUGCAUUGACUACAUUUUCCUCCUCAUCCCAAGGCAGAGGAGUUGGUUUCCGAACAAGCAAAUCAGCACCGGUACCAAACAUCGAUACAGCUCUGGCCUUAGAUGCUUGUCGCGACAGCCGAUGGCUUGCCUACAAUGUGUCUGCUGUUCAAAAGAUCCCAGAAGGCUCCGACGCUUUGCUUUCAUCCUCCUGCGCUGCGCUUGCAGCCCAACCAACAGUCACUGGAAAUCCAUGCGCAGUCACUAUUAGUGCAGCGGCCUCAUCGAGUGCUUCGGCCGCCAUCUCGUACUCGGCCUGCCAGGCUACUUCUACAGCGUGUGCAUCGCCGACAACGACGACAAAACCUUCAGCAGCUGAUCGCCCGGAAAGUCGCUCAUUUCUUCUAUGGUUGGUAGUUGGUGCACUCGGACUGGUGGCAGCCUAGAAGGGAUUCGGAAAGGAGUCAAGCCUGAAGGAUGCUUGGCAUUUAGUCCAGGGUGCGAGUUUUUGGGGCCGUCCUUUUGACGGCGCAUGUGUUCUAGAAGAUUUGAUUCAGGGUCUGUACAUAUCUUUCUACCUAGCAUCUUGCAUUCUGGUAGUCACAUCAAUGCAGUCAUAAAUUCUCAACGGUC